AUGCAGGAGGAUCUUAAGGCGUUUCGAUCGGAAACAGAUUCAAGCGAGUUUACCGAUACGGUAUUCAACUGCGUAGUACCGUACAUACACGACUGCCGUGACCGGAGCUCCGUCUCUUUAGUUUGCCGGAAAUGGUGCGAGCUCGACGGUGUUACACGGAAGCAUGUAACCAUCGCUAUGUGUUACGCCACGACGCCUCUCCGUCUACGUCAACGGUUUCCCCUUCUCGAGUCGUUAACCAUAAAAGGAAAGCCACGAGCAGCUAUGUUCGAUCUGAUCCCUGAGGAUUGGGGUGGUUAUGUCACGCCGUGGGUUAGAGAAAUCUCGAGUUCAUUAAAUUGCUUGAAAUCUAUCCAUUUCCGGCGAAUGAUUGUUCGUGAUUCCGAUAUCGAUUUAUUAACCCGAACCCGUGGUCAAGAACUUAGGGUUUUGAAGCUUGAUUUGUGCUCAGGGUUUUCAACAGACGGACUACUCCAAAUCGGUAAGCGGUGUAACAAUUUGAGAAUUCUGUAUCUACAAGAGAGCUUAAUCGUCGAAAAGGACGGCGAAUGGUUACAUGAGCUAGCUUUGCGUAACACAGCCAUGGAAUCGUUAAACUUCUACAUGACAGAUCUGGUUAAGUUCGAUUUCAAAGAUCUAGAACUCAUCGCAAAAAACUGCAGCGAAUCGUUAGUAUCAGUGAAAAUCAGCGAAUGCGACCUCACAGACCUUUCCGAUUUCUUCAACUACGCAGUGAAAUUACAAGAAUUUGGUGGUGGCGCUUUCAGCGAUCAACCUGAAAUCUACGCCGGACUGAAAUUCCCUCCUCUUCUAACUUCCAUGGCAUUGAAUUACAUGAGCCAACCCGAAAUCUCGGUAAUCAUCCCUUUCACUUCCCGCUUAACAAAACUCGAUCUUCUUUACGCUCUAUUGGACACAGACGACCACUGUUUUCUUCUCCAAAGGUGUCCAAACCUAGAAAUUCUCGACACCCGCGAUGUAAUCUGCGACAGAGGUCUACAAAUCAUCAGUCAAUUCUGCAAGAAGCUUCGCAGGAUCAAAAUCGAAAGAGGCGAUGACGAAGAAGGUUUAGUUUCACAAACCGGUUUGAUUUCUCUAGCACAAGGAUGCCUGGAAUUAGAAUGCUUACACGUAAAUGUCACAGACAUAUCAAACGAAGCAUUCGAAUGUAUAGGAACUCACCUGAAAAACCUCUACGAUUUCCGCAUAAUCCUACUCGAUAAACAAGAUCAAAUUACCGAAUUACCCUUGGACAACGGGGUUCGAGCAUUACUCAACGGAUGCAUGAAACUACAAAGAUUAGGAAUUUAUCUUCGACCUGGUGGUUUAACCGAUGUCGGGUUGGGGUAUAUUGGUAAAUACGCACGAAAUGUUAGAUACAUGCUUCUAGGGUUUUCAGGGGAUUCUGAUUUGGGGCUUUUGGAGUUAUCAAAAGGGUGUCCGAAGUUGCAGAAGCUUGAAAUGAGAGGAUGUGCUUUUAGUGAAGAAGCACUUUCUUCAUUUGUGAUGAAUUUAGCUUCUUUGAGGUAUUUAUGGGUUCAAGGGUAUAGAGCGAGUGAAAAUGGUUGUGGGAUUUUGGGAAUGGCAAGGGCAUUUUGGAAUAUGGAGUUGAUUAGUUCUGAAAGACAUGAUGACGUGGCACAUGGAAAUAUGGAGCAAAGACAACCACCUUCUUUGCUUGCUUAUUAUUCACUUGCUGGACAGAGGAUUGAUUUUCCAGGGUCUGUUCUUCCUCUUUACCCACCUUUGAAUCAUCAUCUUCAGUAA